CCCGGGGGUCCGGCAGGGUAUCCGCGCCGUCCUGCUGGGGCCGCCCGGUGCCGGCAAGGGCACGCAGGCUCCGAAGUUGGCCGAGACCUACUGCGUCUGCCACCUGGCAACCGGGGACAUGCUGCGGGCCAUGGUGGCCUCGGGGUCCGAGCUGGGCAAGCGGCUCAAAGAGACGAUGGAUUCGGGGAAGCUGGUGAGCGAUGAGAUGGUGGUGGAGCUGAUUGAGAACAACCUUGACUCCCCUCCCUGCAAGAAUGGCUUCCUCUUGGACGGCUUCCCACGCACGGUGAAGCAGGCUGAAAUGCUGGAUGAGCUUCUGGAGAAGAGGAGAGAGAAGCUGGACUCUGUCAUUGAGUUCAGCAUCCCCGACUCCUUGCUCAUCCGGAGAAUCACUGGACGGCUGAUUCACCCAGCGAGCGGCCGCUCUUAUCACGAGGAGUUCAGACCCCCAAAAGAGCACAUGAAGGAUGAUGUCACUGGAGAGCCCCUGAUCCGCCGUUCGGAUGAUAAUGAAACAGCCUUGAAAACCCGCCUGAAGGCCUAUCACACGCAGACCUCUCCCCUGGUCUCCUACUACAGCAAGCGAGGGAUUCAUACAGCGGUGGAUGCCUCCCAGUCUCCCGAUGUGGUGUUUGCUAGCAUCCUGGCAGCCUUCUCGAGAGCAACAUGUAAAGACCUGGUUAUGUUCAUUUAGGGUUCUGUCCCAGGACGGAGCUCUCCCUUUUCUCUCUCUCUCUGUCUCUUCAUCUCUGUCUCUGUCUCUCUGGGGCCAGGGAGGGUGAAGAGCUAAGCAGAGUAGAAGAGGAGGGGACAAGGCGGUUCAGCCCAAGGCAGGGCUGUGCUAAUUCUCUAUUAAACAAGUUGUUAACGGUCUGUAUCUCAGUAUAUGUGAACGUCAGUCUGUUUGCGGAUGCUGGAGAUUUGGUCCCUAGAGGUCGCAGCGAGCCCGAGCACCAGCUGCCUGCUGCCAGAGACGGGGGUUUGCAUCCCUUUGAGUCAAAAGGCUUUUGUUUCAUUCUAGAGCUGUAGCUCUUUGGAAGGAGCUGUACUUUCAGCUCCUCCUGGCUGCUCCACAGGGGACUAGCCGAAGGUUAGAGAUCAGGGGGGAAGGACCUUCACAGGGUGCCAGAUAGGUGCUGCUGUCUGUCGGCUGCAGGAAAUGAAAUGCGGGGUUUCUCGUGGGAAGCAUGUGAAGGGCUGUGUGUCAGCUGGGGGAGCAGCCAUGGGAGGGACAGCUUGGCUGUGCGCAUGAGUGCAGCCUGCUGCUGCUCGGGGCUGGGUGAGAACUUGUUCUCAUUGUAUGUGUUUUAUUCUCUGUGGGAUGGCAGGUUAUCUGAGAGCACAGCCUGUUUUCCUCCCAUUCUGAUGAUGCUUGUGGGGCAGAAAGAGGGUGGGUGAGAGCUGGGGGUUUUCAGCCUCUCCUCAUUUGUGGGCCCCAAUAUAGCAAGUAUAUUAGUGAGAUACUUUUUGUGUUGUUUUUUUUUUUAAACAACAUGAAGUCUCUGGUCAGAGUCUGACAGGCGCUGUGCAUAGCAAGUUGGGAUCUCCUGAGGAUAAGAAAAGGACUUGGGUUUCAUCUCUUCACUCUUGCCUUGGCUUUGGCCAAGGAGUUGAAGAUGUGUUGAGCUGCUGAUCCCAAAGUCUAAAUAAAGCCUUACUGCAAAACCAGUGAUUUUUCAAGGCCUGAGAGACAGCGUUAUUAAGCACUGGCUUCAUGUGCCCUUGAGCCAAUGACCUUCGUUAUGAGAUCAUGGAAAUGUACUUGUUUCUUGAGCAAAUCAAACAGCUCCAUCAGGCCAUCCAUUUGAGAAGACCAUGUGUGGUGUGGUUAGUGACCCAGCUUCUCAGGGCCAUUAUGCUGCUAUAUGGUGACCUUGCAAGGCUGGUAAUGACCUUUGCCCAUGCAGGAUUCCAGCCCUUCCUAGAGGACCCCGCUGUAAAUGCAGAUUGGCCCAGAUUAAACUUUGUCCUUUGGCCUUCCAUGUAUGUUUACUGAUUCAGUGUUACUGAGUACCCUCCUCUUUCAAGGAGAUGGCCUCUCUCUCCUGUGCACUGAGCUGCUGUGGGCUGUGUGUCCAGAGCAGAUGCCUAAUCCUUAGGAAUCCCUUGGUCUUUUUCUUAAUAAUUUUUCUUUUGUUGGAAAAUUGCUCUCUGUCCUCAUACAUCCUUUCCAGGGAAACAACCUCUUCCCUUCCAGCAAACUGGAAACAACACCAGGAACUGAAAGCAGUUGACUUGUUGCUCUUGAAAGCAUGUGACUGCAGGGACAGAGGUUUUGAAAGUAAACGGUGCUGGUUUCGUCAGCAGCCUGCAGUCCCCUGAGAUCCCCCAGAUGGCUGUUGCCUUGUUGAUCGUUUCUGGCUUUCCUGUGAAAGGGCAGCCCUGGCGCGUGGCGUUGGCAUGCUGGGAAGUCAGGAUAGCAUUUAGCAUAGGACUGCUGCGCUCCGGGGUAGUGGAGAGGAAAGUGUGUGUUAGAGCUGCCCCGGCGUCUCAGUGACUGUAAAGAAAUUCUGAGUGGAAGCAGCUUUUAUCUUGGCAUCUUGAGAGAGUCAGAGAGAGAGCUCUAGCCCCCUACACACUGUCAUAAUGGCAGGAAGGGUUCCCGGCCAGCUGGUGCUCCUGGAUUUGGUCAAGAGUUUACUCCACAGCAAGAACAAUGUGUUCUUCCACUCUCCGUUCCUUUUCCCCUUUGUGCUCACUUUGCAUCCAGCUUGCCAGCCUUUUUCUGCCAUAAACCAUGAUUAAUUCUGGGUUUUUUUCCCUAAACCUAUUUUUUUUGUUCCCAUU